AUGCCCCUGAUCAGCGAUCUACUAGAAGAUCUUGAUAAAGCACUAUGGUACUGCUCGCUAGAUAUGGCCAGCGGCUUCUGGGUCGUGCCCAUGACGGAUCGGGCUCGCGAGGUCUCAGCAUUUAUCACUCCGUUUGGACUAUUCGAUGCCUUUUGGCCUAAAGAAUGCCCCGCAGAUUUAUCAACGCCUCGUAGACAACGCGUUAUCUCACCAUCAGGCAAUGCUGAAACAACAACGGACGAGUUCCAGACCGGGAUCGCGGACGAUCCUGAUCGGGACUCAGUGUUGGGACGCAGAUCAUACAUUGACGACAUCAUGAUCGCAGGAGAAUCGUGGGAUCAAAUGUGCCAAAGGGUGAAAGAUCUGUUGGAGGCUUGCGAUAAGUGGAAUAUAUCGAUCAGUGUGGCGAAGAGUUUCUGGGGCAUGGUUAAGUUAGGAUAUUUGGGACACCGCGUGUCGAUCGGAGGUCUGGAGACGAACCCAAAAGAUCUGAAAUCUCUAACCAAUCAAUCUACCGUUCCCCGGAUCACUUCGAUCUAUGCAGUCGUCCCUGGCCGAUUCAUCGAAGAUUAUGCUAUCUACGCUUCGGUGCUCUAUGAAUUGCGCGAGGUGGAGUUUGCAGAACUGGAGAAACGAUCGGAUCUGAGGGAGAUCAUGGACCGGAACGAUCCGAUUCCUCGAGAUCACGGCCCAUCGGGACUGAAGUUGAAGGAACGAGUGGAUGAGAGGUGGAUCAGGGCACAUAGGGCCUUCACCACUCUGAAAACCAAGAUCGCAACUACCCCAAUCCUCCACCAUUUCGACGAGACGAGAACGCCGGUAGUUAUCGUAUAUGCCAGUGAUUGGGCGAUAUCCGCCUCGUUGACGCAAGAACACGACGGGAUCUAUCAUCCGGUGGCGUUCGCCAGUCGCACCCUGAAGACGAACGAGUUGAAUUACAAUGUGACUGAGAAGGAGGUGUUGGCACUGCUGAGGAUCUUGGAUCUCUAUUACAAUUUGCUAGUAGGACGCGAGAUCCGGGUCCUAACGGGGCAUUCCACGUUGGCCUGGCUGUUCAAGUCGACGGGGUUGCAGGGCCGCCUAGGACAAUGGUCCGCCCUCCUGGCCCCGUGGACGCUCGAGAUCACGACAUGCAUGAAGGGCGAGGACAAAACACUGGGGUCGAUCGCUGCCAGUAUCACGCCGAGGGCGAAGAUGGACGACGAUGUGGCCGAAAUCGCUCCCUGGAAGGAACCUAAACGCCGGAUCCAAGCACCGAUUCCGACCCGUGGCGGAGGCGCGUUCAGUGCGAUCGUGUGGAAUUUGCCCGGAUGGGAGGUGGUCAAAGCCAGAUCGGGCUAUCUCGAGAGCCUCACCGUGAACGAAGCAGAAUAUAACGGCCUGAUCCUGGGACUCGACAUGCUAGAGGACCUGGAUCGCAGACGCUUGGUGGUCUGCGGUGGUCCAACU